GUGCACUAAACUGGAGUCUCCACCGGCGGGGCCCCGAGGGACAGAUGACGGGAGAAGAGAACAACAAUUCCCAGCAUGCAGUGCGGAUCCCGGAAAAGGCAGCGGGGCGCACCCUGGGCGCAGAAUCUGGGCUGACGGCGGCAGGUUGAUCUCUGGUCCAGUGAGGAAGCCGGCUCAUACUGCGAGUGAGCCCUGAGAUGUCGCGUUCCUGGGGCCCUCGAGCAUGCCGGGAAGUCGGGGCCAGCUCGCGAGUCCGGAGGAUGUCGGACCCCCGCCCCCACCACCGCCUCCAGUGGCCCUAUCGCGCGUGUCUCCGCCGGACUGAACCGGACGUGACGUCGCGGCGGAGGAGGAAGGGAGAGGCGGAGCGUGGUGGUGACGUCCUCCCAAGAUGGCGGGGAAAGAGUGAAGAAACUGUUCCCUCUGGGCGGCUACCGAUCAAGGGUAAAAUUCCAUUUGGAUAUCAAAAUGCAGUAUUCACACCACUGUGAGCACCUUUUAGAGAGACUGAACAAACAGCGGGAAGCAGGAUUUCUUUGUGAUUGCACCAUUGUAAUUGGAGAAUUCCAGUUUAAAGCGCAUAGGAAUGUGCUUGCCUCCUUCAGUGAAUAUUUUGGUGCCAUCUACAGAAGCACUUCUGAGAACAAUGUUUUUCUUGAUCAGAGUCAGGUGAAGGCAGAUGGAUUUCAGAAAUUGUUGGAGUUUAUAUACACAGGAACUUUAAAUCUUGACAGUUGGAAUGUUAAAGAAAUUCAUCAGGCUGCUGACUAUCUCAAAGUGGAAGAGGUGGUAACUAAAUGUAAGAUAAAGAUGGAAGAUUUCGCUUUUAUUGCUAGUCCCUCUUCUACAGAGAUAUCUAGCAUUACUGGAAACAUUGAACUCAAUCAACAGACUUGUCUUCUUACACUACGAGAUUAUAACAAUCGAGAGAAAUCAGAAUUGGCUACAGAUUUAGGUCAGGCAAAUCCUAAACAAGUGGUGCUGACAAAGAAGUCAUCUCAAAGUAAAAAGAAGAAAAAGGCUUUCAGCUCACAGAAAACAGGACAGAAAACAGUGCAGUAUCCCAGUGACAUUCUAGAGAAUGGGGCUAUUGAAUUAUUCUUAGAUGCAAAUAAAUUGUCCACACCUAUAGUGGAACAAGUUGCCCAAGGAAAUGACAAUUCAGAACUGGAAUUGACCUCAGUCAUGGAAAAUACUUUUCCAGCACAAGAUAUUGUGCAAACUGUUACAGUGAAACGGAAACGAGGAAAAUCACAACCACAUUGUGCUCUGAAGGAACACUCCAUGUCUAAUAUAACCAGUGUAAAAAGCCCGUAUGAGCUGGAGAGCUCUGGGGAAGAGCUGGAUCAGAGGUAUGCCAAGGCCAAACCAGUGUGUAACACAUGUGGGAAAGUGUUUUCAGAAGCCAGCAGCUUGAGAAGGCACAUGAGAAUACACAAAGGUGUCAAACCUUAUGUCUGCCACUUGUGUGGAAAGGCUUUUACUCAGUGUAACCAGCUGAAGACACAUGUAAGAACUCAUACAGGUGAAAGGCCAUACAAAUGUGAACUAUGUGAUAAAGGAUUUGCUCAGAAAUGCCAGCUGGUCUUCCACAGUCGUAUGCAUCAUGGUGAGGAAAAACCCUAUAAAUGUGAUGUGUGCAAUUUACAGUUUGCAACUUCUAGCAAUCUCAAGAUUCAUGCAAGGAAGCACAGUGGAGAGAAGCCAUAUGUCUGUGACAGAUGUGGGCAGAGGUUUGCCCAAGCCAGCACACUGACCUAUCAUGUGCGUAGGCAUACUGGAGAAAAGCCCUACGUGUGUGACACCUGCGGGAAGGCAUUUGCUGUCUCUAGUUCACUAAUCACACAUUCUCGAAAACACACGGGAGAAAGACCAUUUAUCUGUGAAUUAUGUGGGAACUCUUAUACAGACAUUAAAAAUUUAAAGAAGCACAAAACAAAGGUCCAUUCUGGUACGGAAAAAACUCCAGAUUCCAAUGUAGAUGAUCAUGCUUUGAGUGAACACGAUUCCAUACAGAGAAGCCCUUUGUCAGAAACUAUGGACGUGAAGCCUUCUGACAUGACUCUACCCUUAGCUCUUCCACUGGGAACGGAGGACCACCAUAUGCUUCUGCCUGUCACGGACAGCCAGUCUCCGACCUCAGACGCACUGCUGAGGUCAACUGUGAAUGGGUCUGACAACGUAGGCCACACUGGCCUAGAACUUGCUCUGCAACCUAGAGUGGCCUCCUACUCAUCCUCCCUCAGCCUCCAGAGCACUGGAAUUACAGACAUGCAACAACAUCUAACUUGCAAAGUCAAAGCACAAGUGGACCAAGUACUUUUGGUAAGAAGUCUCUGACAUAAGAAGUCUUACAGUUGCUGGGAAUGCAGAGGAGUGUGGACAACUAUCUGCUGUGAUGUAAAAGUAAAAAACAAAAACUCCCUAAAAAUUCAACAAAACCACAUUAUAGCACAAAGCACAUGAGCUUGGUAAUAAGCAAACCUUUUCAGAUGUCACCGUGGACAUCAGGUCCCUUUUGCAGGUUCUUGAGCUUGAAGAUAAAAGAAUUUAAAACUAGAUAGCUGGAAAGUUAAGGGUGACUCACUAGAAUUAGGCAAAGGAAGCAAGGCAGGCAUGCCGAGAUCUAGGCUGCUGUGGGAGAAAGAAGAUGGAAGAGGGCAGGAGAAAGUAACGAUUUGUAACUAAGAAUGUGGCAGGCUCGGCAGUAGAGGUGGGAGCAGCUGCGUGGAGGAAGAGGCCUUGGGACUGUAAGCAGGCAUCUCAUUCAAAGGACAACUCUUCCCAUGUUCUUUCUUGUCCUUGGACAAAUACAUCAUGUUUCCACUGUUUAGCUUCAGACUGAUCUUUAGGUCAAACAGGAUUUCCUCCUCAGAGUCUCUAGCCCUUCCUGUCUAGGAAAGGCAAGCAUCAUCUGCUCUCUCUAUCAGUGAUAUCCAGAGCCACCGAGGAGUCAUCUGUAAAGGGGAUAACCAGCCAUCCAUGCCUUGUGUGCCAUAUGCCGACAUACUCAUGCCCCAGGUGGUACCUGGAAAGUAGGUGGUUGUAAAUGCCCCCUUCUGCUUGCCUGCCUACCAUCUCCUACCAUACAUGUUAACUUUACCUUUGACUAGAACUGUGGGUAAAUUAUUUCAUCUACAAGGGUCUCAAUUUCUACAAAAUGAGUGGAAUUAUGCUUCCCUCACAGUUAACUAAGUUAACAAAGUGUCUUAAGGCAAACCAAACCAUUUAUAUUGUUCAAUAGUCUAUAAUUCUGUAAUUUGUUGACUGUUUUCACACACAAAAAAUAUACACUCAAAGAAACAGCCUAAGUGUCCACCAUUGCUCUGCCUGGCACAGAAGAUGUAAUACAGUUUUGUGUUUGUGACUUGAUUACAUUUUUAACCUAAGAAGCUUGAAAAGGGGAACUGGAGAGAUGGCUCAGCAGUGCCUAAUGCUUCUGCAGAGGCUGGAAUUCACUUUCCAGCUCCUCCAUCAGGUGACUCAAAACCACCGGUAACUGCAGCUGCAAGGGGGUAUGACACCCUCUUCUGGCUUCAGGGUACCCAGAUAUCCAGAUAAACAGACACAUGGCAGAUCACAUCUGUAAUUGCACUUGGGAGCUAGAGGCAGGGAAGAUUAGGAGUUCAAGGCCAGUCUCAGCUACAUAGCCAGUUCAAAGACAGGGCCAUGUUGUGAGACCCUGUCUCAAAAAGCAAGAGGGGAAGAGUGCAUAUCCUAACAUUCCAAAGGCUGAGAUGGGAAGACUGGGUGAAGCCUGGUCUACAGAGUCAGAUUUUGUUUCAAACAAAAAGAGAAUGUUGCUUAUUAAAGGAAGGAAUUACUGUCAGAAAUUGUAGAGGACGUUAGCCUUAUUAUUUGCUGAACUGUGACAAUUUUCUGGAGUGGCACCUGGUAUCUGUAUUUUCCAAGCUCCUCAGAUGUCAGUUAGUGAAUCAGGCACAAGAAGCAGCAUCUUAGAGUUUUUAUCUUGCUGUCUCAUCCUGGUAAGAAUGCACAGGUUUGUAAGCUAUUUGGGAAGAACAAAGCCCAAAGAAACACAAGAUUCUGUUGCUCAGUCACUUAAGGGUGGUGGCUUCAUUGAAGAGCAGAAGGCAGACUAGAGCAGAAGCAGGCCAGAGGCAGGGCCUGGGCACCAGACAAGCCUGGGUUCCCAUGGUUACUCUUAGAUGGCUCUGGGACUAAAGCCAUCCCUUGACAUUUCAGAGUUUAUGCUUCCAGUUUAUAUACAUACAUAUGUAUAAUUAAACAUACCUAUUUCUUCAGGGAUAUAAUACCAAACUUCAAACUUAGCCUUCAAAUCUCAUUUACUCAGCUGAGACCCUUCCCUGCUGCCUUGCCUCCCCCUGCUUUGAUUCUCAGUGCCCUUCCCCAUACUCCCAUGGCGCCCU